AGGUUCCCAAGCUGAAGAAGACUGAAAGCCCUUCAGGGCCAUCACUGUCCCUCUCCUGGCCAGCUUCAACCUUGAGCUGCGGGGCCAGCCUUGUCCGCCAAAAGCACGUGGCUUCUGCUCCAUGCCAACAAACAGGAGGUUUGUUCUCCCACCCCCUUGACAUUCCCGUGUCUCUCUGUUUUUGCAAGACACAGCCGCAGCUGUGACGCCGGGUCUGGUGAUGUCCUCCUUGGUUUCUGGCAGCUUUUUAGCCAGUGAAGUCCCCAGUGCUAGCCGUGUCCCGGCAGGAAGCCUGGCCCUGCUGGCGUUCGGGCAGCAUGCGCAGAUCCGGCCGCUGACGCAUGUACCCAUGUGCUGCCAGCUCCCUGGGCUGCGCUAACAUGACCCAUGUGUGCAGCACUGCCACGUGGGGUGACUGCGAGGCUGUGGGGCACAGGGGUCACUGCGGGGUUCGAGCCGAGGGCGCAUUGGCAUGUGCAUCUUUGGUGGUUUGUCUCCAAAAAAGUCCUGAUUUGCUUCGCAAUGUUUAGUCGUUUUGUGCUGGCCAUCAGCUUUCCAUUCUGCAGUUUGCCUUGCCGGAAAACUUUGGGGUGGGGGGAGCUAAUUUCAAUUGUUUGGAGGAUGGAAGUGACUUGCUUUGUGGCAAGAGGACCCAAGUAGCGCUCGCAGUGUGCAGGGAGUUUUUCUACUGCUGUCUCCUGUUUGAGCACUGUAACCUCGAGGGUUUCUAAACUGGUACUUAGCAUGCCCUUGCCCUCCCCAUAGCAGGUCCGGCUGUGAUACCCGGCCUUGGGCUGGGAGCCGUGCCUGGGCGUGGGCAGAGUGACCAGACAUCACCUGCAUGGGAGGGAGAUGCCCCUCGUGGGGUCUGGCUCUUGGGGCAGGGUGCAGCAAACUGGAGGGGAUGGAGGAUCUGCCCAGUGUGGGUUGGGAUUGCUGCCAAAAGCCUGAGGUGUUUGGGGGCAGCAAGGUGCCCGCUUUGGCCUUUGUGGGCACAGGCUGAUGUCCUGCCUCCCCCCACGUGACCCUAGAAAAAGGAAUCACCAAAACUGAAAGGAAGCGAAAGGGGAAAAAAAAAAAAAAAAAAUCCCUCCCAAAAGCCGCCUUCCAGAGGGCUGGGCACAAGAUAAAAGCUCUCUGAAGGAACGGGGCUCCUCCUCUCCCACCGCCGUCUUCCCAUUUAAAUGUCUGUGCGCCGCGGCCAGCCCAGCACAGCCAGGAGCAAGGCAGUGCCCACGCAGGGGCAGGGAGAGCCGGCCCUUAGCCCUGCUCCAACAGAAGAUGCGAGAGCACCCAGAGCUCUGAGCACCCCCCAGGCAGCCCCAUGUUGGCCCCGCUGCUGCUCUGGGCUGUCCUCCUCCAGUGGGCGUGUGGUGGGGGUGGCAGGAGCUGGCAUCACUGCACAGAGCUGCGCCCGCUGGACGUGCUGGCGGAGCUGCUCCCUGGUGGCGGGCCGGCCCGUGGCGUGCGGGUGCUUCAGGCACAGGGGCUGCGCGGCCUCCAGCUCCGCGCCUCGCGGCCCCGCGCCCUGGCCUUCCCCGCCUCACGCCUCUUCCUGCACUGCGACCGCUUCCCCGAGGAGUUCUCCAUCAUCGUCACCCUGCGGGUGCUCGCUGUCCCCACCAAGAGGAAUGAGUACGUCUUCACGCUGAUGGCAGAGGAGAGCCCCGGUGUGCUGGUGGGGCUGCGCUACUCACCCAGCAAGCUGCACUUCCUCUUCUGGAGCCCCGAGCGCGCCGGCGGCUGGCAGAACCGCGUCACCUUCCGCAACGUCUCGCUGGCCGACAGCCGCUGGCACACGCUGGUGCUGGCCGUCUCCGGACAGUCCUUCUCGCUGUCGGUGGACUGCGGCCUCCCCAAGGAUGUGGUGGCGGAGACACCGUUUCCUGCUUCUCUGUCGGUGAAGAGAGCCAGCUUCUAUCUGGGCAACAGGAGGAGGAGGAAGGGCUUCUUCACGGGCUUGCUGCGGCAGCUCGUCCUGCUGCCAGGAGCCGAUGCCACCCCUCGCAUCUGCACGGCCGUGAACUAUAAAGCCACGACGCUCUCCAUCCCUACUGUUCUCCAGGAUGUCCCAGCAAAGGCAGUGAGCAAUGAGGUGCUGAAGUACCCACACGGAGCCAACAUGAAGGUGACCCUGGGGUCCCGUCCGCCCUGCACCAAGCAGGAGAAGGCACAGUUCUGGUUCAAUGCCUCCCAGAGAGGGCUGUACCUCUGCGAUGGCAGCGCCUGGAUUUCCAUGCUGGAAGUCAAGCAGCGGCUGGACUACGUGGAGGAGUACCAGGACCUGGUGACUAACUCUGAGACGAUGGGCAUCGAGGUCUUCACCAUCCCGAGGGUGGGACUGUUUGCAGCCACUGCCAACCGGCACAGUCCCCCUGGGUCUGCCAUCUAUAAGUGGACCGAUGGGAAGUUUGUGCUCUACCAGAACAUCCCUACCUACCAAGCUCAGUCCUGGAAGUAUUUCACCAUAGGCAAAAAGAUCUUCCUAGCAGUGGCUAAUUUUGAGCAGAAUGACAGGGGGCAGGAGUUCUCUGUAAUAUACAAGUGGAACCACAGGAAGAAGAAAUUCAUCACCUAUCAGAGGAUCACCACGCACAGCGCGAGGGACUGGGAGGCGUUUGUCAUUGAGGGAGAGGCGUUCCUUGCAGUGGUCAACCACAGAGAAGGGAAUAAUCACAACAUAGACAGUGUGAUAUACAGGUGGAACCCCAGCACGGGGCUCUUUGAAACCAACCAGACAAUCCCAACCUCUGGAGCCUAUGACUGGGAAUUUUUUGCCAUUGGGCCUUAUUCCUUCCUGGCCGUGGCCAACACGUUUAAUGGCACGUCCACAAACAUCUACUCUCACAUCUACAUCUGGCUCAGUGGCUCUUUCCAGCUCUUCCAGUCCAUCCUGACUUUUGGGGCUGCUGACUGGGAGGUCUUCCGUAUCGGGGACAGAGUUUUCCUGGCUGUGGCCAACAGCCACAGCUACGACAGCAGGAUCCCAGCGCCCUCCAACUUCUAUGCCAUCAACUCCUCCAUCUAUGAGCUGAACAUCACUGCCCAGAUGUUUGUCAAAUUCCAGGAUCUCCUCACCUACAGCGCCCUGGACUGGGAGUUCUUCUCGGUGGGAGACGACUCCUUUCUGGUGGUCGCAAACUCCUUCGAUGGCUUCACCUUCUCCAUUAACAGCAUUAUCUACAGGUGGCAAGGCUAUGAAGGCUUCGUGGCAACUCACCACCUCCCCACCGUUGGCUGCAGAGACUGGGAGGCAUUUAACACCACUGAGGGCUCAUACCUCCUCUACUCCAGUGCCAAGGAACCCCUUUCCAAGGUGCUCAAGCUGAAAACCACCUGAGGUGCCCGAGGCACACUCAGCUCCUUGCCAGGAUAGGGGUGGGCUGGGCACUGAGGUGAGGAUGGACCAAGGCACGUUGGGAGCCCGGGGACAGCCACAGCACCUGUGAGGCUGUGCGCGCUGCAGGACAGAAGGACGGGAGCUCCCAGGUCAGCCGUCUCCAGCCAAGGGUCCCAGAGCUCUGCUGCUAUGGCUGGAGCUCACACAAAGCCAGGGGAUAAGAAGCCUGAGCAGAGCACAUGCUGCUGGAUCAGGUGCAUGGCGUUGGAAGGAAAUGACAUGUGAUAAGUUAUGGAAAUGCUGACUUCAGGCUGGCUCUGGUUGCCCAAUGCCUGGAGCCACGGAGUGCCAGGGCCCCUGGGUCUGAUCCUGCCCUACACUCCAUGUCCGCACAGUGAGCAAUGUGUGUACAUCGUGCAAAGCCACAGAUACGUGCUGCAGCUGGCAGGCGGGUGUUUGUCACUGUCAGCAUGGUGCAGGUGGCAGGGCAGGCCACCCUGACAUUGGCACUUGUUCAAAGGGUUUUGGAGACGUGUUGGCACAUCACUGGCAUCCACCGCCCGAUCUGAUGCUGGUCGUGCACCCCUUCGCUCAGGGUUGGGGAUGCUUUUCCUUGCCUUUAUCUGGGGGCAUCUUUUGCUUAACCAGAGCUCAAAUAAACUGUUGCACCCCCCACAAGCUGUGGGUACUGGAGCUGCUCUGCUUGCACCAGGGGCUCUUCCUUUGGUCCAUAGGCCCCUCCAGGGCUCCUUGGUCACCCCUGGGCUUUGCAGUUCCAGUGGGGGCUCCCAGAGCCUCAUGUAGGCUGCAAGGAAGGUGUGAGGAUGGGACGUCCUCCUGCUGUGCUGAUGCCCUGAAACCCAGAGCCCCCUGAGCAUCCCAGGCCUCCAGCUCAGGACUCUAAAACCUGGAGCCUUGGGGGGUGUGACCCCCUGAGAAGGGGCUGGGGGGCUCUGACUGCAGAGCCUGGAGCUGCAGGAUGGCAGGGGCAGAAGGGGCCAAGCCUGGAGGAGGGAACUUCUGCAGACCAGGAUGAGCCACGGGUGGUGGGGGUACCUGGGAGCGGUUCCCCGGGUCCCAGACCACAUCAUCCCCUGGAAGCCCAGCUCUCAGUGCAGCGCAAACCCCGAGGGCUUUUCCUCAUUCAGGGCUUAACUGAGAAAUUGGCACCCAGGGCCAUGUCCUCCGUCUGUGGGGCCACUGGUGCCCUGCAUGGGGCUGGAGUUGGGGUCCACUGGAACACGCAGAAGGUGCUGUAGGAUGGGGUGUUGAGAUGAGCACAGCCCGGGAGCCUCUGCCCCAGCCCACAGUGAGCUUCCAUGUGGGAUGCAGUGAUUUGCUGGUGGGGAACAGCAGCAGCAAAUUCCCAUCUCAUCAACCCCAACUGUUAAAAAUGUGGUGAGUCAGAUUCCCCACACACCCGACUGGCUUAGUCAUUGCUGGGGUUUUAAAUAACAAAACCUGGAGUUCUUUUGCUUUUCCCAUCUGGUCCAUGAGCUGGUACAAGUCACAAGUUUCCAAGGAGUUUGCCAAGCAGUGUUUUGGAGGUGGCUUUUUUAAGGUCAAAGUGUGGUAUAGCAGCGUGAGUCAGAGCUGGAGCUUGGCGAGGAGCUGCUGAGUAUCACUGUAAGGGGCAAUGGGAGCGGAGAGAUCCAGGAAGCCCAAAGCUAAUAACAUGGGUGAGUCUGCA